AUGGAAAAUAAAUCUGCACACCCUCAAGACUACAUGCGCGCUCUCAAGAACAUGAUAAAAGAAGACGAGCUCGAGGAACUCCUUAAGGUUUCGACACCUAUCUUCCUUUUCGGACCACUGAUGCUUCCCCAAAUGCUUAAAUCCGUGACCGACGCCCAACCAUCUUUAGAUAUUGCCACAAAUAUGACACAGGCUUGCCUUCCCGGCUACGAGCUAUGGGUUUUCGAGGGCGCUGACAUCCCGGUUGUCAGAGCAUCUGGAAAACUGGGCCAGAGCGUCGAUGGCCUUGUGGUGUUCGGUCUAUCUGCAGAACAGCGGAACUGGAUAUAUGAGUUCGAAGCCGAAAACGCGAAGCAUUUGACUCCUGUUUCGGUAGAAAUCUGUACACGCGAUGGGGUUCUGCGGACAAUUGAUGCAGCUACAUUUGUUUGGAAAGGCCGCAUGGAUGGGUUGGUGUCAAUGGGUGCUAAGUCGUGGAAGAUUGACACCUUUCUACAAAGUGAACUUUAUCAGAACGCUACACGAAAGUACUCGUCGUCGUAG